ACAUAAAGCUCUUUGGUGCAUCCUGUUCCCCAAUUUCUUCUAGAAUAGGAAAAAGUAAUUGCCAAUGGAACUUCUGGAUAUUAAUUACUAAUUGAAGUUAUAGCGAAUUGGCUUGCAAAACAUACAUUUAAUGCUGUUCUAAUGUAAUUUCUCAGGGACAUACAAGCUUGCACUUAACUCAUGUUACAUUUAGCCCAGAUGGAGAAGAGGUUCUACUUAGUUAUAGUGGGGAGCAUGUAUAUUUGAUGAACGUAAAUCAUGCUGGUGGAAGUGAUGUGCAGUAUACUUCAGGAGAUGCUUCAAAGAUAAUGAGCUUCAUAGCUAUACUGAAUGGGCUAGAACUGCAGCAACCAGCAUCCAGUGUCUUCAGAAGUCGUCUUCCUAAAAAACGCAAGGCCACUGCUAUGUUGCUGCAGCAUGAAAAGUGCAGUAAACUAACUCAAAUUGCUGAGAAGUCCUUGGAGGAGGGGAACUUUUAUCAUGGCAUUGAGGCAUGCAAUGAGGUGCUGGAUGGAUAUGGUCGCGAUAUUGGGCCCAUACUAAGGCAUGAUUGUCUCUGUACUCGUGCCGCAUUUGUGCUGAAGCGUAAUUGGAAAAACGAUGCUCAUAGGCUAUAAGGGAUUGCUAUAAUGCCCGGAAAAUUGAUAACUCCUCUUUCAGAGCUCAUUACUAUAUGUCUGAAGCUUUACCACAGCACAAUCUUUAGCUCCGUCAAAUCCUGAGGUAACAGAACAAUUGGAGUGUAAAAAGAAAGCUUGCUGCAGGUUUGUGACUUUGAGUGUGUUGUGCAUUCUUUGAUUCCCAGUAAAGUAGAUUGUAUAUUUUUGAGUGCAUCCUUUGAUACUUUACUGCAGGAUUAUAGAUUUUUAAUUCAGCUGUUAAUUUUAUCUAGUGUAGUAACUAGUAACGGUGUGGCCUCU